UAAAAUGGCAAACGAUUUAGUCAUCAAAGUAUUAAAAACAAAAACAAAAUCGCUCAACUUGAGCUCUAGAAAAAUUACUGAUCUCCCAGAAGCGUUUGCGAGGCUGACAUGGAUUCUAACAUUGAAGCUGAAUAAUAACUAUUUGUCGAGUCUGCCAUCUGAACUGCAGAGUUUACGACAUUUGACAGAGCUCAAUCUUGGCAAUAAUGUUCUUGAGGAGGUGCCAUCUGUGUUAAAGCACCUCUGUUGUCUGAAAAAGCUCUUUUUAUAUGGGAACAAAAUCAGCCAUUUGCCACCAGAGGUGCUCGAGGGUCUUCCAAAUCUUGUGCUGCUCAAUUUGAACCACAAUUCAAUCAAAGUCAUUCCUCCAGAAAUAAAAAGGCUUUGUGCUCUAGAAAGCAUCAGCCUCACAGACAAUCAGUUGGAGCAGAUUCCCGCUGAAUUCGGCUUGAUAAAGAGCUUGACUGAGAUUAACUUUAACAAUAAUAAACUGACUCAAAUACCACAGCAAUUGUACAAUUUAUCCCAGCUGAGGAAGUUGUACUUGGCACGAAACAACCUGACAGAACUACCAGAGGGUGUUCUUGGUUGGAAAAACCUGAAGAUCUUGGAUGUUGCUGGGAAUUGUUUAUCAGUGUUUCCAGUCGGUUUCCAGUUUCUUGCAUUAAAGGAAUUGUUCUUCGAGGGAAACUGUUUAGUUCCAUUUACACUGAUGGAGUCAAUUCAAGAGAAAGAAGCUCUCUUGUUAAAGGAACUCUCAGCCAGGCUGAUUCUUAAGGAGAGCACAAACAAGUUCUCAGUGGUGUCCAAGGCUCUGCCAAUUUACCCAGAGCUGCAGGACCUGCUGUCUCAAUGGGGCCAAUGUGCCUUGUGUGCCCAGCCUUUCCUCACCACCUGGUUGGAGUGUGUACAGUUCAUAAACCUCUGGAAGGUAUUCGCCCAUUCUGCAUGUCUCUUUACCUUCAAACCUACGUUUAACACCACUGUUCACAGUGUGGCAGUAUAUUCAUACUCAAUAGUGGUGUUGUUGGAAAGAUUGGCAGGAAGCUUAAGAUGUAAUGAUCUUAAGUGACACUUGCUAGUCUGACAACUUGGCACUCUGCUUACAAUGCUGCAGUGCAGGCUAAACACAACACAUUUUAUCAAAUUUAAGUUAGUUCACCCAAAAAUGAAAAUUCUCUCAUCAUUUACUCACUCUCAUGCCAUCCCAGAUGUGUAUGAUUUACUUUCAUCUGCUGAACACAAACAAAGAAUA